AAUUAUUUUUAUGAUUAUUUACAUAAAUAAUCAUAAGUAAUAGGAUAUAUACAAAAUUAAUCAUAGUUUAUAUAAUACUUACGUUCAGAAUCAGAUGUCAUAAUGUAACAUAGAAUCUAUACAUAGAAUUUUGCUUUCCGCAGAUACGCGCCUAUAUAAGAGAUGAGACAUCCAAAUUCAAAAACAGACGGCAAGUGUAACAAGUUCGAGACGAUACGCAAGAGAUUGUUUGUAAUAACGAACGCCUGUUUACCUACAAAGUGCAAAGUCGUGGGUACGAGCUGAGGUCAUGAUUUUACGACUUGCGAUUUUCGUUGCUCUGUUGAGCUUGGCAAUUGAGGCUCAAAAGCAACUACAAACUUCGGAAGAGCAAGAACAAUGGAAAGAAUUCGAAGAGUUCCUCGAGUGGAAGAAAUCAAAACGGAUAGGCGAGGAUCGGUCUUAUGAAAAGAAAUACAAGAAACAAUACUACGAAAACCGUAAUGCGGAUAAAGUUUACGACAGCAAUGAGCAGAUACCCAACGCUAACCCACCACCAAUCGAUCAAGCUGCUCUAAUGGCAAGAUACAUUGUCAAUCAAGCUGAUUGGGUGUCCGUGGCAACUAUAAGCACGCGGAAGGAAAUCGAGUCGUAUCCCGCUGUAACCUUAGUCUCGUACAGCGACGGUAAAUUAGGAAAUGGAUCAGGCAUUCCAUAUCUUUACCUCACUCCUCUGGACUUCACGGCCCAAGAUCUUGCAAAAGACAAUCGAGCGUCAAUGAUGAUGACAUUGGCUCAGGGAAGCUACUGUAAAUCUAAACAAUGGGACCCGAUGGAUCCUCGAUGCGCCAGAAUACUUUUGAGUGGUAAAAUUAAAACGUUGAGAAACGAUAGCAUGGAACUCGACACUGCCAAACGCGUUUUCUUUGAUCGUCAUCCUAAACUGGUUAACAUGCCAGCAAAUCACAACUUCUAUUUUGCCAAACUGAAGAUAUCAUCGAUCGCGGUGUUGGAUACUUUCGGUGGGCCGAAAUACAUCAAUGUAAAGGAUUACUUGCACCCACCAAUUGACAACAUUACGGAAGAAUUUAACCGCCUCUUUCCUUUGCAAUCCUACGAGAGUGAUUCACGGCAAGAAUACGUAUCAGUUACCAACUUUUUAAAUCCUGUAGUCCGCACUGUCUAAAGCAAAAUAGUAUUGCUAAUAGACAAAUUCUUGUAUAUGUAAAUUAAAUGUGAUUUCAGUUUUAUACAUUUAUGAAUAUUUUAAUAUAUUCUUCACAAUUAUUCAUUAUAUAGAUUGUCAUUUGAACAUAAAAAUGCACAAAAUAUC